GGGCGGAGGCGGGGCGCAGAGAGGUGGCGGAGGCUGGCGCGGACCUGGACUGGCUCCUGAGGACGUCGGCGGUGGCGGAGGCAAAGGCUGGCAACGCGCUGUAAGCGAGGCAGGGAAGACAUAUGCUUGUGAGACAAAGGUGUCUAUGAAACUAUGGAUGGUUCAAGAACUUCACUUGACAUCGAAGAGUACUCCGAUACUGAGGUACAGAAAAACCAAGUACUAACUCUGGAAGAAUGGCAAGACAAGUGGGUGAACGGCAAAACUGCUUUUCAUCUGGAACAAGGACAUCAGCUGUUAAAGAAGCAUUUAGAUACUUUUCUCAAAGGCAAGAGUGGACUGAGGGUAUUUUUUCCUCUUUGUGGAAAAGCGGUUGAGAUGAAAUGGUUUGCAAACCGGGGACACAGUGUAAUUGGUGUGGAAAUCAGUGAACUUGGGAUACGAGAAUUUUUUACAGAGCAGAAUCUUUCUUACACAGAAGAACCAAUCACCGAAAUUCCUGGAGCCAAAGUAUUUAAGAGUUCUUCGGGGAACAUUUCAUUGUACUGUUGCAGCAUUUUUGAUUUUCCCAGGACAAAUAUUGGCAAAUUUGACAUGAUUUGGGAUAGAGGAGCAUUAGUUGCCAUUAAUCCAGGUGAUCGCAAACGCUAUGCAGAUACAAUGUUAUCCCUCCUGGGAAAGAAGUUUCAAUAUCUCCUGUGUGUUUUUUCUUAUGAUCCAACUAAACAUCCAGGUCCACCAUUUUAUGUUCCACAUGCUGAAAUUGAAAGGUUGUUUGGUAAAAUAUGCAAUAUACAUUGUCUAGAGAAGGUUGAUGCUUUUGAAGAACGACAUAAAAGUUGGGGAAUUGACUAUCUUUUUGAAAAGUUAUAUGUACUUACAGAAAAGUAAAUGAGACAUAGAUAAAAUAAAACCACAUUGACAAGUUUUUGAGGAAUUGAAAAUUCUGCUAACACCUGAAAAUUAAUUUUUUAAAUUGUUUAUAAAUCAUAUGAUAGAUCUUUACUAAAAAUGGCUUUUUAGUAAAGCCGUUUACUUUUUCUAAAAAAGUUUUAGAAGAAAAAGAUGUAACUAAACUUUUAAAGUAGCUCCUUAGGAGAGGACAUUAUGAUGUGGAAGAUUAUACCUGUGUGUCGUGCAGAUUACAAGAUACUUUACCAAUCAGCAUGUGUUACCUGUACAAUUAAAAAAAAAUUUUAAAUGCAAUGCAUAUUAAAUAUAGUACACACGGAAAAACUGGCAUUUAUUUUAUUUUAUUUUAUUUUUUGAGAUGGAGUUUCAUUCUUGUUGCCCAAGCUGGAGUGCAAUGACGCAAUCUCAGCUCACUGCAACCUCCACCUCCCAGGUUCAAGUGAUUCUCAUGUCUCAGCCUCCCGAGUAGCUGGGAUUACAGGUGUGCACCACCACGCCCAGCUAAUUUUUUGUAUUUUUAGUAGAGACGGGGUUUCACCAUGCUGGUCAGGCUGGUCUUGAACUCCUGAUCUCAGGUGAUCUGCCCACAUUGGCCUCCCAAAGUGCUGGGAUUACAGGCAUGAGCCACUGCACCCGGCCUGACAUUCUUUAUGAAAUUUAGAAUUGUCGAAGAAAUGUAACACUUCAGUAGUGUUCAAGGUGGUCCCAAAAGUUAUAUAAAAGAUUAGUUUUUACUAUAAACCUUUUUUUAAAGUCUUUUACUCAGAUCCUAGCAUCCCUUUUCACAUGGUGUCUCCAUAUAUAACAGAAUCAAGAAACAAAUUUUAAUUAAGCAAUCUGUAAUGGAAUCAAGAAACAACCUUUAAUUAAAUAAUCUAUGUGGAAUAAACAUUCCCAAAUUCUAAGAGUAAAUUUUUCUUUGAGUUUUCUCUUAGUUUGGCAGUUGUUGCUUUUUAUAAUUUAACCUAUUUACAUCAUCAGGUCUUAUAAAGUAUAAUGUACUUAGAGCUGGAUUCAUGGCUGUUUAUUAUGAAAGUUUAGAUUUUUCAGUUUUUCAUUAACGAUCACAUUUUGUUACAUCAGACAGUCCUCUACAGCUCUGUACUACCCAACAACUAAAUGGUUUAGAUUGUUCAGCUCAUGUUAAUAGGAUAGUUGUGCAUCAUAAAAAAUGAGUUACGUGUGUGUGUGCGCGCAUGCGUGUGUGCUGGCUUAAAGGUUGUUAAUGGGGGGGGGGUUUGGGGUCCCCUUUAACAUUGGUGAAAGCUAUGGUAUUCUCCCCAGAGAUAUGUCUUGUCAACCUCUCUAGUUCUCCUUGACCUGCAUGUACAAACUUCUACCCUAGAAGCUCUCUGCCAUUGAUGUAUUCUAAUAGAUUUGUAAGGCUAUUAAUUUGAAGCACCUCCUUGCCCACAAUGAGUCUUGCAUCUCUGAGACAUGCUCCCAGUCUAUCGUGUGGGCUUCAGAAGCCAUGACUCCCCAACUCUGCCUGCGUCACCAGUUGAGUGGAAAACUGACCCAAGCUGGACCAACACAAUUCUCUCCAGAGACUUUUGAUUUUACUUUUUUUGUAGAGACAGGGUCUCACUUUGUUGUCCAGGCUGAUGUGGAACUUGAUGUGAGGCCUCAAGCAGUGCUCCUAUCUCAGCCACCCAAAGUGCUGGGAUUACAGGUGUGAGCCCUUGCGCUGGCCCUCUUCAUAGACUUUUGGACUUGGGAAUAGAAAGGCAGCCCUGUCUCUACUAAAAAUACAAAAAAUUAGCCAGGUAUGGUGGCACGCACACGUACUCCCAGCUACUCAGUAGGCUGAGGCAGGAGAAUCACUUGAACCUGGGAGGUGGGGGUUGCAGUGAACUGAGAUCACACCACUGCACUCCGGCCUGCGCAACAGAGCGAGACUCCAUCUCAAAAAACAGAAAAGAAAGAAAGGCAAGUUGACUGCUGAAUGGGGAAUCUGUAAUGUGUACGCCUGGGGGCUGUGGGGCAGCCACAUUCCACCACGUGGAUCUGAGAAACAGAAUGCUGAUCUGCGGAAAGAGAGGCCACCUGUGUUCUGGAUCCAUUUUCAUCCUUCCUGAAGCCCAGCUGCCCAGGGUGGGGAAGAACACCCUGUGUCCAUGGGGUAGAGUCCUCUCCUCUUGCACUUGUGCUCAAAGAAUCUUCAAUAAUACAAAUGAGAUAUCCUUAUGUAGUUGAUCUUUUAUGUAAUAUGUGUCUUCAUUGGGGAAUACUGACUUCUCAAAGUCUCAAGAUGGAAGAUAUACCACUUAUAAUUUAUUUUAGAGCAAUUGAAUUGUUUUUAGGAUUUUCCAAAAA